CGAAGGCCAUGGCAUGGCGUUGGGUAUUCUGGCUGGUGCUCGUGAGGCUGGCGGUGUGCUCGGUCGCUGGCGAGUUUUUUGUCAUCUCUGGGCCUACGUCGGAAGUGAGGGAAAACGACAUAAGCACGAACAACCGCGUGGGACAGGGGGUGAAAACCAUGUACUGCGUCACGGACGAGCUGAGCGGCGCUCUGACUUGGAACACGAAUCUCGAGUGGAAAAAGAGUGAAUUCAAGAAUUUUCACAAAGUUUCCAAGCCGGAAGUAUUUAGAAACAAGAGCCUCGUGUAUCCAGCCGAUGACAGUCUGGAUUGCUGGAUGAACAAUACCCACAAGUGCUCAACUGCCUGGACAAGGGACAAAAAUUGGAAGUACGUGACGAGCAUCACGAACCCGAUGGCACCUUUGUUCGAUAAACGAUUAGAAGGCAAGUUCGGCCCAUACGAGUCUUUUGAUUUGGACUCCAAAAUGAUGACAGUGGUUGUUAUUUUUCUCACAGAUUUGAAGGAAUUAAAAAUGACAGACAGGUUCGAGUUUGUCAUUCACGUCCCCAUCGAGGGAAGUCAAGCUGUAUCGAUUCGUGGUGACGUUAAAGUCGAAUUUAGGUUCUGCAACCAAGACAAUAUACAUAGUUACUGCGUUAGUAUUAUUCUCGAAAGUCAGAAAAAUACUCCAUCUCGAAUCAUCAAAUGCAGAAAUAACAACUGUGACACUAUUGGGUCUUUUGGUCGAUCAGUAUCCUUAUCGCCCACGGAAUGGAACACAUUUGUGAUUAAAUGGACCUUUGGAUCGGAGUUGUCCUUAUCCAUAUACGAUUCAGUCGGUAGCGUUUUCGAUGACUUGAAAUUCAACCAGACCAACGAUUUCGUUAGUUCCCACAAAUUAGCAACUGGCGAGGAUGCUUACUUCUUUUUUGUAAGGGGUGCAGAUUCGAUGCUCAUGAAAUUUCACACGUAUGGUUAUUCUCUGACAACGCGAAGUACAUCGGAACUCUUGAGUCCAGAAAUAACGACAAGCUCAACGGAUAGGAACAUUUGCAUUGAAAUGUCCAUUAGUUUAUGUAAGACGUGCAUAUUGACGGUUGAUAUUGUCGAUCGGAACAACAGUAGCCGAGUAAUUGACAUUGGAAAAACUUUUAAGGCCGAUAAAACGCAAAACAAUGCUUAUGACCUGCCAAUGUGGAAAAACGUUCGAAUCAGUAAAACUUUAUCAGAAAGUUCGCAACAACUGAUCAAGUUGAAGAUAAAAACCUUGUCCACGCCGAGCAACAGUACAGAUCGUUUUUGGGCUAUUUCAAACGUUCGCCGCUGCAAUGCUGGUGCCGUAAAAGUUAUAAAAAUCAAGGCUUAUCAGGAUUUCGAAUCAGACUACUUUUGGCCAAGUAUAACAUGUCAGAAAAUUUCGAUCGAUGGUACCUCGUCAAUCAUCGAUUCCACUGAUUUUGAACGUACAACUCAAAAAACGGGAAGACAGCGCUGCGAAGAACACAAUAUUGGUCCCUCGUGCUUGGUCAGCUGUUCCAAAUUGUUUCCAAAGUACAAAGAUUGCAGUAAGCUCUUGGAUUGCGACAAAAAUGGAUGCUCUUGCGCUUCUGGCUUCAAAUGGCCUACAUGUGAGCGCUGUCCAGAUUCAACUUAUGGCUUUGAGUGCGAAAAAUGUGGGAACUGCGCCCACCGCAGUUGUAGUUUCGCCACAGGAAAAUGCAGGGAUGGUUGCGAAAACCCCGACGACAGGAUAUUUCUGCCACCUUAUUGUAAAACUGGUGUUGGACUACCACCCGCACCAAAAGUCGAACUAAUAAAUUCAACCUGCGUCCGAGUAUUUCUGAAAGUCGAAAAGAAGUACGGUGUGGUACCAAUAAAAGUUAACUUCGAAAUCUGGGCGAAUUCAACAAAGCCAGCCUUUACAAGCGAACCCACGUGGGGUAAUGUAACCACUGCCAGUAUUGAUACAUUCUUCGAACGCCUGACACCUGGCACGCACUACCGAGUUAGAGGUGUUUUUCAAGUUGAGAACAAAGCUAUGCGUGGCGAAUGGACAAAUCUUACAACAUCCUGCAUAGAAUCCAUCGCACUGAAUUUUGUCGUGUCCAGCGAUAAAACCACCAUAACUAUCGAUAACCGGGUCGACGUCCACAUUAACGAUUCAUGCCCUUACACGUGGUAUCGCGUUCAGUUGAUCAACGUUGACGAGACAAAAGUAUUAUUCAACGACUCGACUUUUUUUCCAAAAGUAUUUACUGAUUUGGAAUAUUUUACUACGUACAACAUUAUCAUAUCGUCAGGCAAAGAGAUCGCCAACAAGCAAAUCCGCACCUCAGAAGGAGCACCUGCCAGUGUAAGAGAUUUAAAAAUUUCAUCUGAAUCCGAGAACAAGAUUCAUGUCAGUUGGAAGCCUCCAUUGAAACCCAACGGCAUAAUUGUUAACUACACGGUGGAAAUUGAACCGAUAAAGUCAUAUGGUUGCAGUGAUGACGAAGCUCUUAACGAAGCUAUUCGAACGCAAACAAUACCAAAUACUCAUGUUGAUGAAUUCAGUCACACGAUUCAUGGACUGAGGCCAUACAAAAAAUAUCAAGUCACCAUUUACGCUUCUACGGGAAAAGAACAGGGCGAAAAAGCGAUGCUCGAACAUUCAACAAAGGCACUAGAAAUACCGACCGAAGUGUACAGUAACUUGCGAGUCAAUUACGUAACGAAAGAUGAAUCUCGUGCCGAGCUUCUCGAAUGGGACUCCCCAACUGAUUGCUCUACCAUAACUGGGCCUAUUAAAGCCAGUAAAUUAUACUUCAAAGAUUUAAAUCGCAAUUUCACCGUUGAGAAGCUCCAUCAUUUUCCACUUCAAAAAUCCAUCUUUGACAGCAACAAGUUCUACGAAGUUUAUUUAUAUGUACUGAGGUCUCCUCGAGAUCAGGAAAAUGAAACAGCGUACAUAAGUUUAAAUUUCACACUGAUUGCCCGAGCUCCACCACCAGUACGAAACUUCGAAGUCAUUGAAGUCGACCCCUACAACAGGACUACAACUUUGAGAUGGGAUCCUCCCGUUCCACCUCUUCAUGGAACGUUGGACCACUAUUCGAUAGCUUAUUGCUACAAAAUGUCGAAUCAUUGCGAUACAAACAACAACACCAUUGUCCUUCCAGAUGCAUUUUGUGGUCUUUGGAGUUUUUCUCAAAAUUCACUAUGUAGCACUAUUUAUCUGCCAGAUGCAGAUUAUCAUACAAUCAUGAUCAAAGCUCACAAUGCGAAUGUCACAGAAGAAUCAGAACCAGUAUUUGUGCCCUUAAUAACAACUGAAUUAGUGCCAUUACCUCCAAACAAUUUGUCUGUCAUAAUUGAUGAACCCCAUUUCUCCGCAAGUGUAUCUUGGACACAUCCAUGGAUAUCGGGUGGAAAAAUAGUGAAAUUCGAUGUUGUAACGCAACUGAUUGGUAGCGAUUUGAGAUUAAAGCCAUGGAAACACAAAAUUACUGAACUGAAUAUAGAAACAUCGGGAUAUAAUUCGAUCUACUCUAUGGAUCUACAACUAUUUCCAGCUUCGUCGUUUCUUGUUUUGGUCAGAGCUGUAACAGAAACCGGUAACUUUGGGCAAGAAGCCACGAAAAAUAUCAGUUUGGGAUAUUACGUUGAUGUGCAAUCAAAAUGUUUAAAAGCAAAGAUCAACGAGGACCUUAUAUAUAUAACAAUACCGGAAACAAUGUACGAUGUCGAGGAUAGUAAGAUGGUUAUAAUUGUGCAAGGUCCAAAAUAUUGCGACGAAGAUUCACAUGAAAAUGAAGAAGCUUAUUUGUAUAUAGAUAAACAAAGCAAUUCCGAUUACAAAUAUGCUUGGAUAGCUGCUGUAUUGACUGAGCCAAUUUCAUAUGAGAAUAAGGACUUCGAGAUUGGUGAUGGUCAAAUCAAAGGAAAUUACAAAAACCAUGCCUUGUGCGAUAAAGAAUACUAUCAAGUACAUUUAAUACACGUUUCUGACUCGAACAAAAAAAUAACAAAUCGUAGUUCUAAUUCAGCUAAAAAUAGUUCAGAUGAAAAAAAUAUUCUACAAAGCUUUAAAACUGGUCCACUUUACGUAGAUAGUUUUUUAAAAAAGUGUGUAAUGUGGAUUGUACCCCUCGUCCUGAUUACCCUCUUUAUAUUUGUUCUAUUACUGAUAGUAUGUCGGAAAAAAUUUCUAGGUCGCAUCGGACGAAAUAAGCCAAAAUCUGAUCUACCAGAAAAUGUGCCCUUGUCAAACGAUUACUGUAACAAAGGUAAAACGAAUGAUCUGGAAAAUGGAAUUAAAGAAACAAAAAAUCUACAGAACAACAAAUUAAUAAUUCCUGAUAAAAAAAGCACUUACUCAAUGCCCGUGAGGGUUGAAGAUUUCGAAAAGUACUUCGAAAGUGCAUAUAAAUCUGGUUCUUUGGAAACGGAAUACAUGUCACUUAUAAGAGGGCCAAUCAAGCCGUGCGCUUAUGGAUCUGAACCAGAAAUCAAACCAAAAAAUAGAUACGCUAAUCUUUUCCCAUACGAUGAAACUAGAGUUGUACUAGAAAAAGUAAUCAAUGAGCCCCACUCGGAUUACAUUAACGCUAAUUUUAUAAAGGGUUACGAAGAAAAAGAGAAAGCCUACAUAGCCACACAGGGCCCUAAACCUAGAACUGUCCUCGACUUUUGGCGUAUGGUUCUUCAGGAAAGAGUCGAAAUUAUCUGCAUGAUGUCCAAUCUCAUAGAAAACGAAAAAAUAAAAUGCGAACAGUAUUGGCCUGCAAAGGUUGGAACGACAGUAUUGUAUGGAAAAAUAUCUGUAUCAUUUAUAAGCGAAGAAAUAAAUUCCGAUUACACGUAUAGGAAGUUCCAGAUAUUCUGCGAAAACAAAAAAGUACGGCACUUGCAUUACACAGCGUGGCCGGAUCACGGAGUGCCAUCGAAUUCACGCUCAAUCGUCUCGUUUUUAAAAGAACUGCACAGACACGCCCCAGUCCCUAGAGAUCCGGAAGCUCCGCCAAUUGUAGUUCACUGUAGUGCUGGAGUUGGACGAACCGGAACCCUCAUCGUCCUUGACAUGGCCAUUUGUCGAGCCUUUUCUGAAAACGUUAUCGACGUUCAUACAAAUGUCCUUUCUGCCAGGAACGAUAGAUUAAAUAUGGUAGACAACGUAGAACAGUAUUUACUCAUACAUUUAGUACUCGUUGAAUAUUUCAAUGUACAAGAUACGUGUUUGAUUUGUGACGAUGACUUACCAGCGAGUAUUGCCGAGGCGAGAAAAAACUCGAUAGCUUAUUACGAGAGUAAAAGUAUUUCUAAUGCCUUCAAUUUGAUUUUUAGGAUUUUAAAAACUGAUUGGUGGAAUGGAAUUUUAGGAUCAUCACAACCACCGGAGAAACCACUGUCUACCAAAAAUAUAGGGAAACAUAGGUUUCCUGAAACUGCAGUCAGCAUUAAUAGGUUAUACUUAAAAAGAUCAAAUAAUGCCGAUGAGGAUAGCGAUUAUGUUGCCGCCUCAUCAGUAACAGGAGUAUUCAAGGAUUGUCGAUACAUCACCACACAACUUCCGUUACCCUCUACGUCUGCGGAUUUCUGGAGGAUGUUAUCAGAAGAAAAUGUAGAAUAUGUAUUAGUUUUACAGUUACCUGAUUUGCAAGAUUCGACUUACUGCGAGUUAGUGCCAGAAAGUAAAGAAUUUGGAAAUGCCAAGUACAUAAAAAUCAUCGAACAAGAAGGCUCAAAAAUCGACUUACAGUAUUAUUUAAAAGAAGAAGUCGUUAUCAUUGAUAGUUCUGAGGUAAGAAAAACUAGAAACUUUGUAAUUUGGUUAUCAUUUUUCAUUGAAUUAGGAAAACAGCCAGAAAAAAAUCAAAGUGUCAAAUUAAUCAGUUACAAAAACUGGCCAAAUUUAUCGUUUCCUUCAGCACAGGACUUGGUUAAACUUUGGAAGGUUAUAGAGGAUCUGCCGAAAAAUAAUAAGAGUCCCAUCGUGGUUGUGUGCCGGGACGGAAUGACUGCAUGUGGUCUUUGGUUAACCGCGGUCUACUUGCUAAAAAGGAUGCAAAUUGAUAAAGAGUGUGACGUACCCCUGGCUGUACGAGCUAUUGGAAAGUGUCGAAGGGAUUAUGUAAAAACACCUGAACAUCUCGAGUAUCUUUACGACGUGGCUUUAGCAUGGCAUGAAGAAAAUAAAAAAUCCACGAAAUAGUAUAUUAUGACACAAUGAUAUUUUCUUCAUUGAAAUAAAGCCCAUUUUCAGGGGUUUGAGUCACUUCUCCAUAACAAAAAUGGAACACUGUUCUUUUUUCACUUAGAUGUAUGACGAAUAGCAUGACAAAAAUUUGGUGCUUCUAACCUAUUCCUUUGAAAACAAAAAUAAACCUUCCCACUAAUUUCAUCAAAAACUUAUUAACGUAAGAUGGAUAAGUAUUAAGAAAUCGAAACUUGUUUUUAGUGCUUCCAUGUAAAGUGCCUUAAAAAAAUUGACUGACAAGUAAUGACGAGAUAGUUUCUAAUAAUAAGGUUCAUAGUAUUAAUGGACAUAUUUAAUGUACAAAUAUAUUUACUUUAAAGUCAAUGAUUAAAAGUAAUUAAA